AUGGGUCUCGAUAUUCUGCCUCAGAGUAACGAGGAGUAUGGGACGAAGGAAUAUUGGGACAAGAGAUACGAGAAGGAGUCAGACGGGACGACCUUCGACUGGUUCAAGUCCUACGACGAUGUGGCCGACAUGUUUCGCGAGCUGAUUCCCGACAAGGCGUCACGCAUAUUGAUGCUGGGAUGUGGUAACUCCAGAUUGUCCGAGCAGAUGUACGAUGAUGGAUACAAAAAUAUUGUAAAUGUCGAUUAUUCGUCCGUGGUCAUCCAACAGAUGAAGGAAAGACAUAGCGAACCCAGACCAGAGAUGGAAUGGCACGAGAUGGACGUCAGGGCCCUGUCGUUCGGUUCUGAUACAUUCGACGUAGCAAUCGACAAAGGAACGAUGGAUGCCAUGAUGACCUCCAAAGGCGACGUCUGGGACCCCCCACAGGAAGUCGUGGAAAACUGCACAAAAGAGGUAGACGAAGUCAUCAGAGUGCUACGCAAGGGCAAAGGCACAUUUAUCUACCUUACCUUCGGACAGCCCCAUUUUCGCCGCCGGUAUGUUACGAGGCCGGGGACGACACUAGAGAUCAAGGAGCUGGGCGAGGCUUUUCAUUAUUAUCUGUACAUCAUGAGAGUAUAG